GCAAAAUCUCGAUCAUUGUGUUUCGAGUGUGCCUGCUGCCGUAAUAUGUACAAAACAUAGGUAUUUGAAACUGAUAAAGUUGAAAUGGCAAAAAGAAAGUUUGAGGACGAUGAUAAUCAACGAGAAAGAAUUAAAAAACUUACUGUUAAAAAAUCAGUACACUAUGGACAGGUAACUGUCUAUUAUUUUCAACGAAGGCAAAGCUUUUGUUGUAUUCCGUCUCUUGCGGGAGUCGCCCUCGGUAUGAGUUCCACUCAUUUCAACACAGAAAAAGUCCAAAUAAACGACGAAUUUUCCACCUUCAAAGCACCUUUACCGUCCAAAUCACGAGAAAACCUACUGCGUAAUUCUGGUGUAAGAAAAUGCGACAAAAGAGAGUUAAAACUUGCUCGUGAUAUUCGACUGUCGCGAUUGAACUGUGGCUGUAAUUGUGGGGAUUAUUGCUUUCCUCAGACAUGUAGUUGUUGCUUAAACGGUAUUGAAUGUCAAGUUGACGUCGGAAAAUUUCCUUGUACCUGUCGACCUAACUGCUGUUUAAAUGCCUACGGAAGACAAGAAUAUAACACAGACAAAAUUCUAAAACAUCGAACAGAAACGCUUGCCAGAAAUAAUUAACAAGAGCCAAGACAAUAAGCCAUACUAUCAAAAUAAAAUUGCACAUUUAAAAACAGAAAUUAUCCAUACAAUUAAAAGUUUGUACUUGUUCAUCAA